AACUGCAUCCUCCUUAUUGAAAUCUGUUUCUGAAGCAUAUAUGAGAGCAGAUACAUCAUCUCUGAGAUGUCAGCUGUUGUCCAUAUUGACAAAUGAUUACAGUUUUGUAGAGGUCAAUACUGUUAUACCUGCUCUUACAAAGUACAAGUACUAUGCAGCUAAGAAACAUAAGGAAAAUAUUGGCAUAGGUUUCCCAUUACCAUCCGUGAAAGCCCUUCGCUGUAAAAUAGAUGAUGGAAAGCUAGAGCACUUUCUGGACUUCAUUACAUCCAACCACAUUAUCAAAGAUUUGCCCUUUGGAGAGAAAACAUUGCAACUUUCUAGCAGCGAACUCGUUCAGACACCUAAUGUGAUACGCAGUCUUGCACCAGCCACAAUCAUCAGACAGUACAGCCAGCUAUGUGAGGAUGAAGGCUUCCAGUCUUUGGGUACAAGUACCAUGUACAGGAUACUGGCUGACUGCAGUGCAUCAGUAAGACACUCUAUUGAAGGUCUGGAUUACUACAUAGCAGAGGGAGGGCAGGCAUUUAGGGAUCUGGAAGAAAUAGUUCAAGAGCUAGACCUCACCCUUCAUGAG